AUGCUCAAGUCUGUCACCGUCGCAUUCCUCCCCCUCAGGCACUGCCUCAUCAACCUCCCUGGCGCAUGGGCAAACGCGUUGCUGGACCAGGGCAAGCUCUCACAAAACGUCGUUCUGGAGUUAUCAUGGCAGGAAGGAUCCACCGAGAAAAAGUCGUAUGUGGGCUGGAGUGGUGGCGCGUCCAACUCUGGAGGUGCAGGUUCAGGAAACAAUGCGGGCGCCGUUGUACCGAGACCUGGUGGCGCUACUGGCGAUGUGAUCGAGAUGGAUCCUCAGUUCGGACAGGCUAUGGGACUCAGAGCUGGACAGAAGGUCAACAUUGAGUUUGUAAAGUCGGUUCAGGACGGCAUCUCUGUGAACGUUGCCCCAUACUCGGAGGAUGACUGGGAAAUUUUGGAAUUACACGCAGGAUAUGUCGAGGACCAAAUGCUGAACCAGAUCAGGAUCUUGUACCCUCACCAGGUCAUCACCAUGUGGGUCAACGGCCGCACCCUUGUCCGCCUGCGCGUUCUGGAUAUCAACCCGAACGCGCCUUGCGUCAAGUUGGGAGCAAAUGCCGAGGUCAUUGUGGCGCCAAUGGUCCGCAAAGCAAACGGAGGAGCAUCAAAAUCAUCCGACAACCAGGACCUGUCUACCAGCGUCCAAAAGUUGACCCAGGCACAGUGUUUGCGUGUGUUUGCGCUCGACGAGAUUUCAGAAGAGCUUGGACAGGAGAUUGCCGAAGAAGGCCCCUUCACAGUGCAGGUGCACCCUGACAGCUGGCUCGAGGCUGAUCUCACUCACCGCCCUGCUCUCCGUAUCUCAAAGGUCAUUGCACCCCAUGCAGAAAAAGUGACCGAUGAUGAGACAAGGGAUCCCGAGGACUUGUUGGUGGGAGCGUCGGCGAUCUUCGUCAAGGCUGUUCCCUCUCGUCAUGUCCCAGUUGGUCAUGUUGCCAUCUCCAAGCAGGUCCAGGACGCUCUCGAUGCUGAGAACUUUUCUAUCGUCAGAUUGGCAGAAACAAAUAUUCACGCGGUGCAGCUUCCAAGCAUCACACUUCGCCCUAUCUCGACUCCUGGAUCAGCACCUUCGGCACCUGCCCCUUUGAAGCUCCAACCCAAAUCUGCGAGCCACGAUUCUGACAAGGCAGCGAAGGCCACCAGCGUUAUUUCAUUGUUCAAGGAUUGGGUCAACACAUUGCCUGACAUGGACUCGACCAUUUUGAGCCACGGAUCGUUGCUGUCCAUUCCUCAUGAAGAUACCAUCCAAUCUUUUGCUGUCGUCUUCCCAGCAAAGUCGCUGCCAGCUGUACCCAGCCAACAGGAGGAAGGAAAGAGCCAGCCUGAACCCGAGACUUUCAGUAUCCUGACCAAGGCUCAACUCUCCCAGCUCAAGGUCGAAAUUGGCCAGCCCCAGGGAGUCAGUCAUAUCUACAAGAAGACUGCCACUCAUAUCGCUGACACUCCUGCAGCUUUGGGAGGUGUGACACAGGUGUUGACAAAGGGCGAAAAGUAUCUGUUGACCUGCCUUUCCAAGAUCGAGCUCCGCGACGCUUUCGCUGUUUCCAACCUUGGCGGAUUCCUCCUGUGCGGACCUCAUGGAUCUGGAAAGACUGUCGUCGCUCGGUCCCUUAUCCGCAAGUUAGCCCAAAACAGGGAAACCCUUGCUUACUGUGUGGAGAUCAACUGUGCGGAGUUUGCAGAGGACAGGCUACCAGUGCUGAUGACAAAGUUCCAGCAAUGGUUUGACACUGCUGCAUUCCACUCGCCCAGUAUUCUGUUCUUGGAGGAUCUGGACCGCUUGAUCCCUGCCGAGGUUGAGCAUGCCGACUCUUUCCGGUCAAGGCAGAUCGCCGAGGUCUUUUUGCAGAUUGCCACCAAGAUGUGCAAGAGGUUCGAUCAGAUCGCUAUUGUCGCGACUGCCCAGCAGCAGGUCUCUGUCCACCCUUCGCUGAUCACGUCACACUUGUUGAGCGAGAUUAUUCGUUUGAUGCCACCAGGAAAGACGGAGCGCAAGGAGAUGUUGAAGAGCUUGAUGGAAACAGGACCCGCCAUUUUGCAGAGAUCAUUGCCUCAGAUUGACCUCGUCUCGGUUGCUUCUAAGACGGAAGGUUACUUGGCCGCGGAUUUGAAGGCAUUCCUGGAGAGGACGGUGCAUGAGGGAGCUGUUCGUAACAUUGCUGCCCAAGUCGAGAGCCACAAAGCAGACAUUGCCUCUGCUUCCGCCUCGCCAUCACCUGAUAACCAGGCCAAUGGCAUUCCCAAUGGCAAGGCCAAGGCCAUUACUGCUGCUGUCGAGUCGAGCACUUCAUCCGAGGACGAGUUUUCGUUGACCCAGGCAGAUUUCCUCAAGGCGCAAGAGGGCUUUGUUCCCAGCAGUCUUCGUGGUGUCAAGCUUCAGAGUUCCGCGACCAGCUGGCUCGAUAUUGGAGGAUUGAAUGAAACCCGCAAGAUCUUGCUUGAAACCUUGGAGUGGCCCACCAAGUAUGCCGCCAUCUUUUCGCAGUGUCCACUUCGUCUCCGAUCUGGACUUUUGCUGUUUGGACACCCAGGAUGUGGAAAGACGUUGUUGGCGUCUGCGGUUGCCAAGGAGUGUGGACUGAACUUUAUCUCUGUCAAGGGACCCGAGUUGCUAAACAAGUACAUUGGUGCUUCUGAAAAGUCUGUCCGUGAUCUGUUUGAGCGUGCCCAGGCAGCCAAGCCCUGCGUUCUCUUCUUUGACGAGUUUGACAGUAUUGCGCCCAAGAGAGGACACGACAGCACUGGAGUAACGGAUCGUGUGGUCAACCAGAUGCUGACACAGAUGGAUGGUGCAGAGGGUCUGGACGGUGUCUACGUUCUUGCAGCAACUUCCCGCCCCGACUUGAUCGACCCCGCUUUGUUGCGUCCUGGUCGUCUGGACAAGUCACUGCUUUGCGGUAUGCCCAGCUUGGAGGAGCGCCAUGAAAUCUUGGCAUGCUUAGCUCGUAAGAUGGAGGUUGCGGAGGAUGUGGACCUUAAGGAGUGCGCUCGCCGGACAGAGGGUCUAACGGGUGCUGAUUUGCAGGCUGUCCUGUACAAUGCCCACUUGGAGGCGAUUCGUGUGGCGAUUGAGAAGGAUGAGGCGGUCAAAAAGGAGCGCUCUGCCGCAGGCACUGGCGCCUCUUCGCCUGUUCCUGGAGGACCGGCGACCACCAGUCGUGGUGAUAGCAAGAUGGCACGGUUUGUCAGCUUUGGAGGCAAGGGAGGAUUCGGCAGCACUGGCAAGACGACCCAAAAGGCCAACUUGACCCUCGCCGAGCGCGGCCACAUCUCUCAACGCUUAGGUCUGAUUGCAAAAGGAAUUGGAGCGGCAAGAGAGGCAGCAUCGGCAGCAGCAGGCGGAAGCGGUGGUGAUUCGACGGUGGAUGGUGAAUUGUCAGCGCAGGACAAGGCACCCAAGGGAUCGCGUCCAAUCAUUACAAACGAGUAUUUGGAGGUGUCUCUGAACAACACCCGGUCAUCGAUCACGCCCGAGGAGAGCAAGCGACUGGAUCUAAUCUAUAGAGAAUUCGUGGGGGAUCGCAACGGCGAGAUGUCGAACGGAACAGGAAGUCAUGAGCUCGGUCAGAGGACCACCCUCGCUUGA